AUGCCCAUAGUUCAACCCGGUCCGAUGACAAGAUCCAAGUCCAAGCAAUUAACCAAAAGGAUCAACCAUGCUGUUCGAGUCUUUGUUGCAUCAUUAUCACCCAAACAGCUCUAUCACGACAUUGGCUCUACCAAGAAACGUCAAGAGAUUUCUGAAGCAAUAAUCACGACACAAAACGAAGACAAGGAAGACAUCUUCACGACUGAUCAAGAGANGGAAUCAGAAGAAGAAGNGGANGAGGAACUUGAAGACUCAAAAGAGAGCUUCUACUCCAAGAAUCAAGUUCAAACCACAUCAGAUGCAACCGGAUAUCAAGGUGAGUUGUUCAAUUUAUAUACUAUCUUUGCAGGUGAUUCAAGCAUCCAACAACACUAA